AUGCUUCUUUAUUGUUGCGGAAUUGAUAACCUCUCUCCUGCCACACUGAUUGGACAACACUUUACAAAAAAAUUAGCUGCGGAGAUCAAACAAAAGUUUUCGAAUAUCGAGCUCGUUAAAUUAUAUUCUAUCGCUACGCUGCUCGACCCGCGUUAUAAAAAACUAGGAUGUCAAAGUAUUUGUAAUUCCUCUCGCGCUGUGGUUAUUGCGGGUGAAAUUUUAAAAACAGAAAUUCAACUAUCAAAAAGUACUAUGGAAUGUAUAGGUCAACAAACUCCUGAUAAGCAACCAUCUUCAAGUCGUCAGCAUUUUUGGGAUUUUUUAGACAAAGAGGUACAACUAAGUCAAUACCAUGAGAGCGAUGAACCAGGCAGAUUACCGAUUGAACUAAGAGAGUUCCUUAAUCGACCCGCAGUCGACAGAGGAAGUAAUCCAAAUCCAAUGGUCAUAUGGAAAUCAAUUGAAAAUUAAUACCUAAAUCUAUCAACAAUGGCAAACAAAUAUUUACCAAUAGUAGCCACAUCAACACCAUGUGAGCAUCUAUUUUCUCAUACUGGCCUUAUUGCAAAUCAACUACCAAGUAGACUAAGUCCUCAACAUUUGAAUAUGCUUUUGUUCUUAAAGUCUGCUCCCGAAAGUAUCUGGUUCUCGUAAUACUUUUACUUAUAUUUAUCUUAAUACAAACAUACAUUUAACUGGAGUAAUUUCUUACUUGAAGUUGCAAAAAAAAAACCAAAGGAAAUAAAUAAAAAUGCAUUUAACAUAAAUCCUUACCCUUUACUUUUAAUACGUAUAAUAUUUCUUUAUUAACAAUUGCACAUUCUGGCAUGACUAAUAGAAAUAUUAA